UUGUCGGUAGGCGUUCGAGUGGCCGUCGCCUCUCCAUUACCUGCAACUUCUUGCUGCUCCACCGGCGAGCAGCUCAAUUUCCUUCGGAAGAGCAUUCGACUGCAUGGUGUUGCGCCGACCGGACUAAUAAGACACCAACGACCGCGCUCAACUCUCCGACACCAUGACAGCGAUGGGUCAACUUUUUGUCCUUCUCGCGGCCAUCCUGGCAAAUCUUGGUCACCACGGUGCAGCCGUACGGGUCGGCGACGCCAGCGGCGCCAGUUUCGAGCGUCCGCUGUUUUUCUCGCCCUUGGAGCCCAAGCUGCGGUUAUUCAACGCCUACGCUUCUCCCGAGUCCGCUCCUGCCCCCGUCACCGAACACCCCGAGCCUGAAAACCCGAUCACUCCCCGUCUGCCGAACCAACUUGGGGUGCAGUUGGAGAACGUGAUCAACUCCCAGCGCUUCCGCUACCCCGAUCCGACGACCACCCCUCGCCCUGGAACCUUCAGGGCCAGAGUUUUCGUCCCGCCCGGUCUUCCCAGUGCCUUCUCUAGAGCCGCUCCUGAGCCUCAAAAUAACGCGGUGCCCUAUUUCACUGCCCCCGACGGCACUCUGAUCCCUGGUAUUUCUGAGAUUGAUCAGAUCGUGGCUACAAACAGACUGCAGCAAGAGCAGUCACGCAGAGCCCAACAGGACAGCUAUCAGGCUCAGGUUCUCCAGCGUGUGCAGCAGGAAGCACUUGACGUAAUCAGGGAGAGCGUCAGUCUGAUCACAACUAAUCCUGGCGCCAGGCGCCGACCCAACACCGUUAUCCGGCCCCAGCAACUCAGUCCUCCUCCCUCUGCUCCCGGCGCCCCUGUGGUCGUCCCAGGACAGACUCAGGCCAUUUUCCAGCAACAACCUGCGCAGUCCGUCGACUAUCUCCAGCAGCAACCCCUGCUCGCCCAACCCCAACAAGCCCUGUUCCCAGCGGUGCCCACCCCUCCCGCUCCUCCUGCAAUUCCCGCCAUUCCCUCUCGCCCUGAAAUUCCCGCCAUUCCUGAAUUUCCCUCUUACCCCACCUAUCCCUCACCCCCUGCCCUGCCGACCUCUCCUGCUCAGCAGCCACAUACCGUGGUCCACUCACCGAGCAACGCGCCCAUCACCGGGGUGUCUUACUCAAGCACCUACCACUUCGUUGGAUUCUAACAAGAACUGUCUGACAACGGAUUUUAGAUUCCUCACAGGUGUCUAUGAAGAACCCUCAACUGUGAUCUUGAUCAUCGUCAUCAUCACCUUUAGCCGAAGAAUGCAAACUUUUGAGCACCGGCGCCCAACAAUAUAAUUUUUCACUCAUCCAGCACUUAUUUCGCAACGUUGCACUCAUUUCCAUUAACCCAUCACGUCCACGCAUCAUUGAGAACACAAAUCCUUGAGAGAUGCGCGAGAUUGAAUCAUUACAUUAUUACAGCGCUUGUAUAUUAAACAUUGAACAAAAAUGCAUACUCAUAUCAGAGAACA